UUAAAAGGGAAGCUUUUGCUUGUUUAGUUCGAUUUCAGUCUAUUUAAACUGUUUUAACCAGUUGCGUAAAAGUCUGACCAAGCUGAACUGAGAAUUGAGCCAUAACUACAGUGAAAUAGUAGUUCCAAAUGGGAAAGGAAAAUGAGGAAUUGACAGAGCAAGAAACUGCGAUAUAUGAUCGUCAAAUUAGGGUUUGGGGUGUUGAUGCUCAGCGAAGGUUGAGCAAAUCCAAUAUAUUUGUCAGUGGACUGAAUGGGACUAUUAUUGAGUUCUGCAAGAACAUUGUCUUAGCCGGAGUAGGUAGUUUGACGCUAAAUGAUGAUCGACUUGUAACAGAAGAGCUACUGUCUGCUAAUUUCUUAGUUCCUUCUGAUGAAAAUAUGACCCGUGGGAAAUCACUUGCUGAGCUUUGUUGUGAAUCACUGAAAGAUUUCAACCCCAUGGUUUCUGUUUCUGUUGAAAAAGGUGACCUGGCGAACUUCGAUGUUGAAUUCUUUCAGAAGUUUGAUGCUGUUGUCAUCAGUUGUUGCUCCCUUCUGACGAAAAAAUCAGUUAAUGCGAAGUGUCGCGAGUUGCCAAGACGUGUCGCAUUUUAUACUGUAGAGUGUCGUGAUUCCUGCGGUGAGAUAUUUGUUGACUUGCAGAAUUACAGCUACUCCAAGAAAAAGAAUGAGGAAACAAUUGAAUGCCAACUACAGUACCCAAGUUUUGAGGAAGCCAUUGCAGUCCCCUGGAGAUCUCUACCCAAGAGAACGACAAAGCUAUAUUUUGCCAUGAGAGUUAUAGAGAGGUUUGAAGUGCUUGAAAAGCAGAAUCCUCGAGAUACUUCUGCAGAUGACCUUCCGAAUGUUCUGAAGUUGAGGAAGGAACUUUGUGAGGCACAGUGCAUAAAUGAAUCUCAAAUCCCGGAUCCUCUCCUGCAAAGGUUGUUAGCAGCUAGAGUUGAAUUUCCUCCAGUGUGUGCCAUUAUAGGAGGAGUCCUUGGACAGGAGGUUAUAAAAGCAAUAUCUGGAAAAGGAGACCCCCUUAAAAACUUUUUCCUCUUUGAUGCCAUGGAUGGCAAAGGAAUAAUAGAGGACAUAUCUAAUAUCAACUGCUGAGGAGUUAGGGAUUCUAUUCAGGUCGACAAUGGCUUGUGCUGAAAGUUGUUUAAAUAUGCUAACUUUACUUGUAUUUUGUCUCCAAUGGAUAUAUACAUCCAAUAUUUUAAUUACUCAACUAACCAUGUGUUAUCUCAUUGAUAUGACUUAGUUCAGCUUAUGAGGGUUAA